ACUCGUAUUUAUCUACAAACAUGAUGCAACCUCUCGUCGUUUAUCAGUAAGAGUUAAAAGACGCCUCUGGUUAGUGCGGAGGUGCGGAUGACAGGACGCGGCGGCGCGCCGCUCCGCUCGCUUUUUACAGCGCAGACCCGUAGCGGGACGCACAGGCGGAACAGCGCUGCCGUAAAUGACAGCGGCACUUCUGGCGGUGUGUCAGCGGCCGCCGGGGAGCCUUUUCCCGGCCUCUUAUCGUAGAAAAACACGGUAAUCGCAAGCUCAUUUAUCACGCUUUGUGCCACAAAAGUGCUGAGCUCCGUCCGCGGGCUCCCGAAGGCUCCCCCGCCGUCUGCUGGUGCUGCUGAGGGGGGAGAGAGGGGCGGCAGGCUGGGAGGGGAGAGCAGCCAGAGCACCGGGGUGCAAAUGGACAGCCGCCGCCGUCUCUCCCCGUGAACCUCCGGCCGAGCCGCGCUUCCUUCGGGCAGAAGAACCCAGGCGCAGCCCGGCGCCCUCCCUGCCGAGCUCCUGCUUCCCGUUCGGUGCCGGUACCGGCGAAGCCCGCUUUGACGUCCCUUUUGAGGUUUACGCCCGAUCGUCCUGCAGCUCUUGAAAGCAGUUCGCAGGUGCCUGCCAGUUCCUUGUGGUGGCCCUGCUCGUCCUGAUGUAGCUUGGGGUCAAUAAAACUCCUUGCUGUCCUCUGACGUGCUUGUGAAGGCUGGUCCGAACCCUGAGGAGAACCGUCAAGAUCAUACUGGGUCCCGUCCGCCAGAAUGAUUGAGGAAGGAGUGAAGCGGGGAAAGACGAUGGCAGAGAAGAGACAGCUCUUCAUGGAGAUGCGGGCGCAGAACUUUGACGUCAUCAGACUGUCUACGUACCGGACCGCAUGCAAGCUGAGAUUCGUGCAGAAAAGGUGUAACCUCCACCUCGUCGACGUCUGGAACAUGAUCGAAGCCUUCCGAGACAAUGGCCUGAACACACUGGAUCACAACACUGAGAUCAACGUGUCCAGGCUGGAGACCAUCAUCUCCUCCAUCUACUACCAGCUCAACAAGCGUCUGCCGACCACACACCAGAUCAGCGUGGAGCAGUCCAUCAGCCUGCUGCUGAACUUCAUGGUGGCUGCCUAUGACAGUGAAGGCCAUGGCAAGCUGACCGUGUUCUCUGUGAAGGCCAUGCUGGCGACCAUGUGUGGUGGGAAGAUUGUGGACAAACUCCGGUACAUCUUCUCCCAGAUCUCCGACUCCAGCGGCAUGAUGAUCUUCACCAAGUUUGACCAGUUCCUGCGGGAGGUGCUGAAGCUGCCUACCGCCGUGUUCGAGGGGCCGUCUUUCGGCUACACGGAGCACUCCGUCCGGACCUGCUUCCCCCAGCAGAAGAAGAUCAUGCUGAACAUGUUUUUGGAUGCGAUGAUGGCAGAUCCUCCCCCACAGUGCCUCGUCUGGCUUCCCCUCAUGCACCGACUUGCCAAUGUGGAAAAUGUUUUCCAUCCGGUGGAGUGCUCCUACUGCCGUAGCGAGAGUAUGAUGGGCUUCCGGUACCGGUGUCAGCAGUGCCACAACUACCAGUUGUGCCAGAAUUGUUUCUGGAGGGGCCAUGCCAGCGGGUCCCACAGCAACCAACACCAGAUGAAGGAGCAUUCAUCAUGGAAAUCUCCCGCCAAGAAGCUCAGCCACGCCAUCAGCAAGUCACUGGGCUGCGUCCCGAGCCGAGAGCCGCCCCACCCGCUGUUUCCCGAGCAGCCGGAGCGGCCGCUGGACCUGGCACACAUCGUGCCCCCCCGUCCCCUGGCUGGCAACAUGAAUGAUACGAUGGUGAUGUCGUCCGGGGCUCCCACUCCUACCAAAAGGGAGCAUCUGAGCCAGCGUUCAAAUGGCAUCUCAUCUCCAUGUCCGUUCCCGAGGGCUUCCAUCGCCUCCAGGUCUCCCCAGGGACCGGCCGCCUCACACAAGCCCUCUGAGGAACACGCUUUGAUAGCCGCCUAUGUGAUUCGCCUGCAGAAUAAUGCACGCACCCUGGACAGCCCCAGCCGGCUGGACGAGGAACAUCGCCUCAUCGCCCGCUACGCCGCACGCCUCGCCGCAGAGGCGGGAAACCUGCCGCAACGCCCUCCAACUGAUCUGACCUUCAACUUCGAUGCCAACAAGCAGCAGCGACAGCUGAUAGCUGAGCUGGAGAAUAAAAACAGGGAGAUCCUGCAGGAGAUCCAGAGGCUACGCCUAGAGCACGAACAGGCCUCCCAGCCCACGCCGGAGAAGGCCCAGCAGAACCCUACACUGCUGGCAGAACUGCGGCUCCUCAGGCAGAGGAAGGACGAACUGGAGCAGAGGAUGUCAGCCCUGCAGGAGAGCCGCCGAGAGCUGAUGGUGCAACUGGAGGGCCUGAUGAAACUGCUCAAGGAUGAAGAACAAAAGCAGGCAGCGCAGGCGGCCAUCUCUCCUCACACGUCACCCAGCCAUGGUGGUGGCCGUCCGCUGCCCAUGCCGGUCCGCUCCACGUCCGCCGGCUCCACCCCCACACACGGUCCCCAGGACUCACUGGCAGGCGUGGGAGGGGACGUCCAGGAAGCCUUCGCUCAGGGUCCCAGGAGAAAUCUUCGUAACGACCUGUUAGUCGCGGCCGAUUCUAUCACAAACACCAUGUCGUCCCUGGUGAAAGAGCUUCAUUCUGUUGAGGACGGUUGUGAGGAAGAGGAGGAGAAGAUGCUGAAUGGGAAGGACCGGGGUUAAGCAGAAAUAGGACGUGAGGAGUCGACCCAAGCACAGUGACUGUCCGGGAAAUGGGCAACCACUGUGCAGAUACCCCCCUCAUUACGAGAAACAGGCACACACCCCCCAUCGCUGAAGACACCCAGACACAAGCAGGAGAUCAAGCCUGGCCUACCAGCCCCGGCCCGCCCCUCCCUGCCCCACCUGGCCGAAUGGAUGCCCCUCCCCCCAUUAAUCCAUAGCAUAGUGCAUGCUCUACUUGUGCUUGGACUUCACUCGGAAGCUUCCGGGCCUCGGCCCAUCUUCUGUUCAUCUGCGCUGGCUCGUGUAAGUCACCCGUGGCUUUGUGUCGCUUUGGCAGUGCAAUGACUUUGCAGAUUUUCCUCACCCCCCCCCCCACAGACCCGGAAGGGGUGCCUCCCACCGUCAGACUGUAUGUGACGCCGCCUUCCGAUAAUCCAUCUGUUUCAGUUUUGCUGGUCAUACUAAUCUCUGAGGGCUUCAUGUGCUGGUCUGCCUGCCUUCCAACCAUGGCCAAUGCAGAAGAGCAGCACCCACUGAAGUCCAUUUGUCUUGUUUAGGAUUCAGUCCGCUAGCCGACCAGCUAUUGGCCAGAAAUAAUCUCUCUCAUGCUAUGGGGGUGGGAUUGUUGUUGAAUUUAAUCAAAACUUUUAACUUUUUACAUUUUAAAAACAGCUGGCGAAACGCAUUAGGGUCUGCGAUCACCGCUAUCAGCCAAAUGCUAUUUUCCGUAUCGAUGACUGAUCAGAACCAGACAGGAAGGUAACAGUCGGAAAUAGAAAUCUGGUACAAACUCCAUCCUUAAUCUGUUUGUUAUUGUCAUAGGGCACAUUUUAUAAGGAAAUAGGCCUUUUAACUACCCACAUGUUAAGAGUGAGGCCAAAGACCCGAUUUAUGGCUGAAAUUAAAUGUCUUUAUAAACAAUGGAAGUGUGAAACCUGCAAGAUGACAGACUGGAGGAGGGUGCGAUGACAGUGCUAACAGUCAGCUGGGUGUCUCGCUGAGGACUCUUCUGCUGUUAUUCUGCUGUGGCAGUAUGCUGAAGUUAAACAGCUGGGUUUGAAGGGGACUGCGUUCCCAGGUCAUGUGUCACUGGAUGGUCAGUGUACUUUUAUUGUGUGGCUUUUUGUUUGUCUGUUUUUUGUUUUUGUUUUUUUUUUGUACUUUUGUUUUGACUUUUGUUUUUGCUUUUAGAAUUGUUUGGUCAUUUUUGAGAUUUGGCUUUUUGUUUAGGCUUUUUUUAUUGUAUUGUUUUGUUUUUGGAUAGUUCCCCCCCCCAAAUGCUUUCAGAAGCUGUUCGUACGUCUGUGGAACAAAUGUGGAUUUUGGACUGUGUUUUUUGUGUAGCCUGAGGAAGUGAGGAGGUGUGAGGCAUGCGCCCCUGCAGGGUUUUAACAAUGUGCCGGUGCCUGAAACAGUUCGUUAUAAUGAGGGAACCCACAGGUUAAGAUACCAAGGUUAAAAUGAGCUCAGGGAGACUUGAAUGACUGGAGCUGUGGUCGUCGUUUCUUCCUAGGAAAUGGCUGUAAAAUGUUUCAUUUCUGAUUAUGCAAGGAUUGUGGUGAAGCUGAAGCAGCAAGCAGUGAAGCUCAGGGUGCAGACGGACAGCUUGUUGGGUUCGGAGGUGAAUACCGAUUCGCCACUGCAAAGCUAUGCCAAUGUGAAGACUUUAUUUUAUUUAUUGCCUGGACCCAAUAUCUCUUAGAUAUUUUUAAAGGAGUUUUAAAUGAACCUGGAGUCAUGUUGACUGAACCUUUCCUUGAACUAGAGCCCAAAAAGCAGAAUUUAUGUGAAAUCAGAGUAGAGCUCAUCCAUUUAAAAUGUGUAUACUAUCAGUUUCGGAGCAGGUCAAGACACACCAAGGGCUGCUGCUGUUUUAUUCUGCACAAGGUUACAUUUUAUUAAAUACUCCUGAUCGGAAAACGCUUUGGAAAGUUCCGGAAUGUGGACCAUUAAUCGGUGAAGAUGGGUGGAUGAUUCCUUAGGCUGUGAGACAAAUGGCUUUUCUUUGAAAGGUGUGCUGAAAGCUUUCAACAAAAUUAUUUCUUGGAAUACCAAAAUGAUGUUAUAUAAGGAGUUCUUCCACAUCUCUGUGUGUCUUUAUUCACUGACUGAAGCACUGCUAGGAGACAGAUGCUCAUAUAUUCCUGGUAUGUGCCUGGAUGCUGUAUAUAGUGUAGCUCGUACUUGUGAAUGAGUCUUAGGCAGUGGAUCCCAGCCAUUCCCCUGGAGGCUCUAAGGACUGCAGCUUCUGAUCUUGUGUUUGGGGCAAAAAACAGAACUCUUGUAAAAUAGUGUUUGAUAUAUAUAAAUAAAUGAAUAAAUAUAUAAAUAUCUGUGCCAAAAAUAUUUAGCAAGUUUGCAAUCUGACACGUUUGAGCUGAUGCCUCUGGAUGUCAGGUCUUCAACUGCUGAGGCCUGUAGAUCUCACAUGUGGGACCAACCAGAAGGUUUGCCUUGAAGAUUCAGGACUGAGCGACGGUACGUCAGAGACGAGACCACAUGCUCCCCGCCCUCUAAGACGGACUGAUGGAAGGAGGGGGGUCUGCAGACCGCAGAACCAGGAGGAGAGCCCGCCGAUGACCCUUUCAAAGAAUGUUUGGUGCUGGAAACCAUUUGUUUCGAUAUUUGUUGCAUAAUCUUGAGAUUGUCACCGGAUUACUGUGUUUCAGAAAUAAAGAAAAAUGAUGUAAAAACA